GCUGUGUUGUCAGUACAAUCAAUUUGAAAGUUUCUAUUCUGAAACUUCAGAUCUUGGCUAUGGAUCAGUUUGCCGUGGCCGUAAAGGACGUAAAUCAGGACCCAAUGCUGAAAUGUCUGACAGCGACUCGCAUCGACCUCGACCUUGACGUCCCGUCAGCGGCCUUCCUGUGGUCAUUCAACAGAAAUGAAAGCGCUACAAGAAAGAACGCUACGCUCCAUUUCACAAAAGGGCCAUCAAUCGACACUGCCAACGUAGUGGUGGACACUGACACCGCUCAUCCGGAUGUUGUUCGUUACCUCUACGUCGACCGCGCUGUGACGUGCGCCAUCAUGGAAUUGCGCUACUUUGGCUAUCAAUGUACGCUGUGGGUUCGUAACACGACCAAGAACUCUGUUCCGAAGAAAUGUUUUAAGGCGCACGCCAAACUGUGCGCAAACGGUGUUUCGCUGUAUGACAAAAAUACCUGCGGAGACUUUUAAGCGUGGAGAAAUAAUGAAAAAAUAGCGAAAAAAACAAGCAAACAUCGUACCCAUGUUCAAAAUGUCAGCAGCGUGAGAAUGAAUUCCAAAAUAAACAAAAAUGUGUCAAGUGGGCGGACGAGUCAUCGUCCUUUUUCAUAUUGCUGUUCAUGUGAACAGGAUUGCGGAUAGGAGA